AUGAUUUAUCUUAUUGUUAUGCUCAUCGUUCUUUCUCAAUCAGUUAUUGCUGAUGAAUGGAACUACAAUGAAGAAGGUCCUGAUGUCUGGAGUGAUCUUUAUCCAGCAUGUGAUGGCUCCUCUCAAUCGCCAAUUGAUGUUGAUACACAAACUACCAGCUAUUUGUCAUUUACGCGUUUUCAAUUUAACUCUGGUUAUAAUAUGGCUCAGAAUUUUACUUUAAAAAAUACUGGACAUACGAUUCAAGCAACGUAUACAGGCAACGAUUCAUCAACUAUCGCUUUUGUAGGCGGUGGUCUUACCGGAUCGUAUGCAUUCGUUAACUUUCAUCUCCAUUGGGGUGAGAAUUACAAAUCCGGCAGUGAACAUCAAGUGAAUGGGCACAAAUAUACAGCUGAAUUGCAUUUAGUUCAUAAAAAUUCAGUUACAGGGCAAAUCGCUGUACUCGGAAUGUUCAUACAAACUGUCAAGCAAACAAACACAACGCAUGAAAAACGACGAAAGAGAGAUUCUUCUACAAAUGAAACAUCAACGCCAUCUGAUUGGAUCAGGUUUCUAAUAGAAUCCAGCAAAUUGAAAUUGGUUAACGAUACAGCAACACUUUCUCUCAAUCUAGCAUCAUUAUUUACCGAAGAUACUGAAAACUACUGGCGUUAUUCUGGCUCAUUUACGACACCGCCUUGCACAGAGGGUGCCAUUUGGACUGUUUUCAAAACACCGAUUCUUCUAGACGAUAGCUACUUCAGUGCUUUACGACAUUUGAUUUCUACAAGAUACUAUCGAGGACCUCAACGUCUUCAUGGACGAACGGUGUAUCGCAGCUAUCCGCAUGAAGAUCCAAUCGGAGCAGCUGAUUCGAUCUUUUAUUUCACAAGUCGUCUAUACAUUUUCUUUUUCUUUGUGAUUUUUUUCUAUAUCCAUUUCUAUUGA